AUGGUCCUGUGUAAGCCCCUAUAUUUUCUGACUAUAUUAAGAGAUUUGGGUGAAGAUCACGUGGCAGAAGCUACUCCUGGUGUUGGCAAGUCUCCUGCCCGUGCAGCUGCUCAAAAUUCAUUGCAGAAAACAAAACUGGGUGUUGAAAUUGCAGGAAUAGCAGAAAAUCUGAAAGUUGGAGUCAGAUUCCAGCGGGGCGACUACCACAUUGAUGUCUGCAUCAAUGACUACCUGGAUGUGUUCUGCCCUCACUAUGAAGACUCAGUGCCAGAAGAUAAGACCGAACGCUAUGUUCUGUACAUGGUGAACUUUGAUGGCUACAGCUCCUGCGAUCACACCUCCAAAGGGUUCAAGAGGUGGGAGUGUAAUCGGCCGCAUUCCCCGAAUGGACCAUUGAAGUUCUCGGAAAAGUUCCAGCUCUUCACGCCCUUCUCGCUAGGAUUUGAAUUCAGGCCAGGCCGGGAAUAUUUCUACAUCUCUUCUGCGAUCCCAGAUAAUGGAAGGAGAUCCUGUCUAAAGCUUAAGGUCUUUGUGCGACCAGCAAACAGCUGUAUGAAAACUAUAGGUGUUCAUGAUCGUGUUUUCGAUGUUAACGACAAAGUAGAAAAUUCAUUAGAACCAGCAGAUGAUACCGUACAUGAGUCAGCCGAGCCAUCCCGUGGUGAGAACGCGGCACAGACACCAAGGAUACCCAGCCGGCUUUUGGCAACUCUGUUGUUCCUCCUGGCAAUGCUUUUGAUAUUAUAGCACAGUAUGCUCCAGCAACCUGUCGCAGAAAAUAUCAGGGUCUUGGAACAUCAAAGAUCCACCUAACUGCUCAUCCCAAGAAAGGGACUUUAUUGUUUUUGCAGAUGUCAAAUUGUUAUUUUUCCCUUUUCUUCUCCCUUUUAGCCUGAACUCAGCAAAAAUUUGAAGGGGAUAACUAGCUUCUGCACCCAUCCCUAUCUACCCUGUGACUUUCUUAACCCCUCCAUAUAAAUAAAAGGACUCCAAAUGAAAAUGCCAAACUAUAAUAGUGACACUAGUGAUUCUUAUUUUCCUCUGCAUUCUCCUUUAAGAAGUCACCUCUAUUAGCUCACUGUGUCAUCCAUAUGUGGACAAGGAAGAAUAGUGGCAGAUGCAGUCAGUGAAGGAUAAGGAAAGUGAGUGAAAGCCUGGGAGAGUUUUUCUCUCUGAUACAAUAUUUAUGCCUUCUCGUUCAGCACUGUAAGAUGGUCAUGCAAGGCAUCGUGUCACCAUGUCAGGACUGGAGGGGAAAUAUUAAGAAUAGAUAUAAUAUAACACCAUUUCCUCCAGGAGUUUCUAAAUGAACAGGCUUCUGAAAGGGAAAGCCGAUGUUUCUUAUAGGACUGUCUUGAAACAUCUUUGACAGUAAAAUUUGUGCUCAUGAGUAGAAAUGCUGUCUUUGGUGAGAGGAAGAAGUUAGUAUUUAGGAAUGUUAGCACACAACAGGCAAGGUCAGAUUUAGGAAACUUCACUGGGGGUGUGAGUGCCUCUGUUAUUUCGUUUUAAGGGGAUAAUGCACACCGGAUUAUUUUAUUUUAAAACAAAUCACCGUGGUGCUACAAUUUUUUUCUUGAAAUGCAGAGGCACUUUUCAGAAUAAAGUGACCUUCCCCAGCGCUGACUUAGUAGUUGAUAGCCUUUGAUGCUGCUUUGGGUGUUAGUACAUGCUAAGAGAUGACAUCAGUGGCCAGAGGAAACAUAUUUGGGACACGGGAUCUCCAGUGUGCUCUUGAUUUGUCUCUCCUGCAAGUUCCUCAAUCAUGGGAAUGAACUGCAUGUAGAAGAAACCAGGACACUCUAGUAGCAUUGUUUGGUGGGGGGAAAGAAAAGAAGUGUGGAAUACGAAUUCAAGUGUUGAUUUUUUAUCUUUUCCCCUUCCAGCACAGUUUGAAGAGUAGAUGAAACGUGUUUAUCAGCCAGAGAUAAACUAGAUGG